CCUGUGCGUGCUGACGUCACAGUGAAAACAGCGUCGCGAGGAUGAGGUCUAUGGUCCUGGUUCUGUACUUGGUCCUGGUUCAGUGCUGGUCUACGUCCUGGUCUCAGUCCGUAGACCCGGUCCAGGAUCUGGCCCAUCGCUGGUCAGACUUCGGGAUCCGUUUGUUCCGGUCGGCGGCAUCUCACUCGGAUCAGAACCUGCUCCUGAGUCCCAACGGAGCCGGACUCAGUCUGAGCUCGGUCCUGGAGCGCAGCGCGGGGAGCGGCAGGGAGCAGCUGGAGCGGGCCCUGGGACUGCAGGGCCUGCAGGCCGCAGACCUGGUCUCUAGACUUCGAGCAGCAAUGGCCGGUGGCAGUCUUGGGGGUGUGGCCUGGUUCGUGGCGCAGGGGGCGGAGCCUGAUGAUGCGUACAGGAAGAAUCUGGAGGAGAGUUUUGGGGCCGAUCUCCGGACUGUGGACUUCAGCUCGGUUCAGGACUCUGUGGACUCCAUCCAGCGCUGGGUCCUGGAGCAGACCCAAGACCGGGUCCAGAUCCCAAGUACUGGACUAGACCUGGGUCCAGACCCACAGCUCGUCCUCGCCUCGGGCCUCCACAUACAAGCCCGGUUCUCGGUUCCCUUUAAUGCCUCUCAGACACUACAGGAGCGGUUCUUUGUGGACCGGUACCACACUGUGAUGGUUUCGAUGAUGCUGACGUCGGGGAGGUUCUUGUUGGCCUAUGACCGGGACCUAAAGACCGGGGUCCUGAGGCUGGGUCUGGACCAGGGGGCAGCCAUGUUGGUGCUGGUGCCGGACGAGGGCGUGCACGUGAAUACACUGGAGGACGAGCUCAGCGCUGAGAAGGUCCAGAUCUGGAUCCAAGCUCUCAAGAAGACGCGUCUGGAGGUGCAGCUGCCGCGCUUCGCUCUGGAACAGGCCACGCCUCUAAAACUAAACCUCAAGAAACUGGGGGUCACUCAGGUGUUCGCCGACAACUCCCUCUCCCAGGUCCUGGACUCGGCAACUCUGUCCGUUGAUGAGACUUCGGUGCCAGGGGGCGUGGCCAGCUCAUUUAAGAUCCCGCCCCCUCGGCUCACGGUGAAUCGUCCUUUCGUAUUUGUUGUUUACCACGAAGCGACGAGAACGCUGCAGAUGAUUGGACGAGUUGUCGACCCCACCCAGAAAUGACCAAUCAACAACACAUCCCCUUUUGGUUUGGUUUAGACCUGGGUUAGUCCCAGUUUAGUCCUGGGUUAGUCCCAGUUUAGUCCUGGUUUAGUCCUGGUUUAGUCCUAGUUUAGAUCUGGUUUAGUCCUGGUUUAGUCCUGGUUUAGACCUGGUUUAGUCCUGGUUUAGUCCUGGUUUAGACCUGGUUUAGUCCUGGUUUAGUCCUGGUUUAGACCUGGUUUAGUCCUGGUUUAGACCUGGUUUAGUCCUGGUUUAGACCUGGUUCAUCUUAAAUAUGAAAUGAAAUUAAAUGUUUUGAACUUGGAGUUUUGUAGAACUUUUAAUGUUGUUUCAGCAGAUAUUAAUACUACAGUACUAUUACUGCUACUGCAGACACUACAUUACUAUUACUACUACUGCAGAUACUACAGUACUUUAUUACUCUUACCGCUCCACUAUUGCUGGCUGAGCCUGUACUUUGUCACUUUUAAUUACACAAAAACAUGUAUUUGUACCAUAGACUGUAUAUAUAAAUGGACCUAGCUAACCUGCUAGCGCCGCGCUCCAAACUAUGUAAAAACAUGGCCCCUCUCUGUAAAAACAUGGCCCCUCUCUGUAAAAACAUGGCCCCUCUCUGUAAAAACAUGGCCCCUCUCUGUAACUGCAUCUUAAAAUGUUUUUAUUUUGUAGCGAAAUUAAAAUAUGAACAUAAAUAACAGACAAAUCAGACGCCUUCUUUCCUCGAGGUCGCUCCUGUUAGCGUUAGCAACAGGUUUGAUUGACAGCGUUGCUAAGCGCCCGCUCCCUGUUAAACCAGUGGUGUGGGCGGAAAGGGGCAUUACCUUCAACAGCCUCUCUCCUGAUUGGCUGUUUGGUUGCUAUGAUACUCGUGGUUCAAACUCUGCUCCAGAUUAGCCGAUAUAACUGCUCUCGCCUCGAUGAGCGUCAUGUGGAGCUGAACGCUGUGGGUUACGUCACACUCAGUCCACUUCUUUAUACAGUCUGUGGUUUGUACUCAAGUAUAGCACUCCGUGUCUCCUCUCUGUCUCCUCAUCUCCUAUCUCCUUGUCUCCUUUCCUCGUCUCCUCUCUCCUCGUCUCCUCUCCUUGUUUCCUCUCUUCUUGUCUCACACAAAAUGACUGCUGUGUCUUGGCUCUGUUUUUGACUUUUUUUGUGAACGAUGCAGUUUAUUGUGAAUACUUACAGAUUUGUGAUGUAACGAGCUGCAAUUCCCAUGAUGCUCUGCUUCUGCUUUUGAACAAUAAACAUCUAACAAAUACGUAC